AUGCCGUCCAACCUCGACGCCCACAUCAAGCGCAGCCACAUCGUCUCGUUCUCCCUCCUCGCACUCUUCUCUUUCAUCGAAUGGGUCAUCUGCGCCGUCCUCGUCUCGUCCUACAACUCGCACAAUGACUACCCGAGCCACUCGAUUCGAGACCGGGUCCGAUUCCUCCUCUUCGUCGGACUCUGGAGCUUCCUCUUCUCCUUCUUCUACCUCGCCGGCUUUUUGACCGCCGCGACGAGCUUCCUCUUCUCGAUCGCCUCGCACGCCGUCUGGAUCGGCAUCACCUGGGUCUUCUGGCUCGCAGGCGCAGCAGCGAUCACCGACACGCUCGGCGGCGGACUCGACUGCGGAAACUUCCACUUGGCGCAUUGCCACCAGCUCAACGCGGUCGAGGCGUUUGGCUGGAUCAACUGGAUCCUCAUCACUUUCCUCCUGGCGUUCGUUCUCUUCGCCGGUGCGCGCUCGGCACGCAGCGGGAACGGCUUCGGCGGACCCCUCACGCCCGCCGUCUAA